AGUAAUAUGUGAGGAUUGAGGAAGGGUUGCACGUGACCUCAGAGAUCAGCUGACGGUUUGUUUACACUGAUUUAAAUUUUAAUUCGCCAGGUCUGUUUCCUGGAUAUAUUUUCAUCACAAACCAACCAUACCAUUUUACUGUAGUUCUGGUAUGAGGAUACAAGCAGAAGAAAAUGAGCAAUAUGAAAGUGCAUGUUCUUCGACUCGAACCUGGCCAGGAAGUGAGAAAAAGUUUGGAGGAGUAUGUGCACCGUGAGGCACCUAGUGGAGUGGUGGUAAUGACAUGCUGUGGCUCCAUCACCAGUGCCACCCUCCGUCUCGCUUCCAAAACUGAUGGCUCCAACAAGAUCGAAACAUUCAAGAAACAUUUUGAGGUAUUGGGAAUGUCCGGGACAAUCAGCAAGGGUGGGACACACCUGCACAUCUGCCUGAGUGAUGAAGAAGGUGGCACGCUAGGUGGCCACGUCAUGGGUGACCUUGUUGUCUUCACCACCAUGGAGGUCGCACUUGGGGAAAUAACUGAUAUUAAACUCAGCCGAGAGUACGACUCUUCUACAGGUUUUGAUGAGCUAACUGUAACUAAGAACCAAGUUUGAAAUCAAUUCUGUUAAGGCUACAGUGAACUGUAUCUUAAUAUCAAGAUUGAAAGCUCAGUCCUGUUAUAGAUAAUAAUGAACUUACUGUAAGCAAUAACAAAGCUUGAAAUAACUUAGCAACAGGUUAGCAUGGAUUUACUAUAAGAGUAAAAAUAGAUACUGUAUGUCAUAUGCGUAGUUGAUGUAUGAUGCUGCAUCAAGUGAAUGUUUUGUAAUAUUUGUUGUGUAACUGCUCAUAGCUUCACUUGACAGAAGUAUCGUACAAGGAUUGUCAUAAGCAUAUGAAUUUGCUAGAUCGGAAAUAUUAAGAAUUAUCUUCUUGAGAUUUGUCAUGUCUUGCUAUGGACUUUGUUUUCAGUGAUAGAGAAAAAUACCUUUGAGGUUCUUACACGAGAAAAUCAGUUGAUAUAAUAGUUCUAGGGGUAGUACAGUACUUCCAAGUGUUUCUAUUAAACAUCCAACUAUAUACCUUAGUUUUAGUUGGAUUUCUAGGUCUAUAAUCACUGUUGUUUUAACUCACAUGAAUAAAAAGAAAAAAUCUUGAUAUUCUGAAGAUUUUAUAAGAAGAAAUAAGGUCACAGCUCAAGUGUUAAACACCUGAAAGGAAGUACAUGUACAAAAUAAUGAAACCUUACUAAUUUCAACUAGCUACCUGGUCUAUUGAUACAUAAGUACAGGUUGACAAUCCCUUAUCCGAAAUCCUUGGGACCAGAUGCAUUUCGGUUUUUGGAAUUUUUCAGUUUUCAGAAUGGUAAUGGAUAUUCCCUGUAACUGUAGAUAUAAGAAUGCACCCUGAUUGUACUUUUUUUCUUAUUAAAUUUAGAUUUUUAAUGAUUAUAUUUUGAAUAAAAUUACGAUGAAGGAGACCAACUCCCA